AUGACGGGCACCGGCAAGUCAGAACUCUGCCGCUGGAUGACUGGCAACCAAGAGCUGUGUACUCCCAGUAGCUCCACGAAGUCACACACCAGCGAAGUCAUCGCGGUUGACGGCAUGCCUUUCAACGAUCCGAAGUUGAUCUCGAACAUCGAAUGGCUUGACACGCCUGGACGAGGUGACACGAGGGGUUACAGCAAGGACUCGGAGCUGUGGAAUCAGACAGUCUACCAACUCCGGAACCGCGGCAGCCGGAGCAUCAAUGCUAUCGUUUGGGUGCUCAAUGCAGCAUGGCAGCGCGGCACGGCUGGCCGGAAGUUGAUGCUACGAGAGCUCAGACGCACAUUUGGCGUGGAGCUAUACAGGCAUCUAUGUGUCGUGCUCAACUUCCUCCCUCAUCCUGCCAACAAGAGCCUCUACCAAGAAGAGCUGUCCUUCCAGAAGAAGAAGUUCACCGACUGGAUCUUGGAAACCGAAGUGGACAUGUUCAACUGGAGCACUUACCUUUUCGAUGAGGUGCAGAAAGAAGUCAGCAGUCUCCGCAUCUAUGGUGUGAGCAUUCAUCCCAAGUACUACGGACUGAAGCCGAAAGAUCUGCCCCUGUCGGCUCCAUACUUGUCCAGCUUUCCUCCAUUUUCACAUCCGGUUGGCCUGGCCAGCUUGAUCAGCCUGUUCAAGGAUACGCAAGACGAAAUUGGGAAGCAAGGCUACAGCGCUCUUGACCCCGGCAAUCUGCAUCCGCGCGUUGGCCCUGGUCUUGUCGUCUCUGGGUCCUACACCAAAACUUGCAAGAUCGCGCCAGCAGUUCGCAUUGCCCAUGUCAAUAUCGCAGGGGAGGAUUGGGUUCAACCAAGAGAGCUUUAA